UUAAAACUCUCGAUUUUAAAAGUGUCGAGUUUAGGAAUUCGAGGCCCAAGAUGUAGAGUUCCUGCAAAAAUGAAAACUUUGAAUUUUGAGAAUCUGAAAACUGUUCUGAAUAGCCCUGAAAGUCGUGAUUCUCCUGUAUCUGUUUCAAGUCAAAAAUCGAUUCUGCAUGCAUGUAAAAGCAUAAACUCGCAAUUCAUGCAGAGUUCUACGAAAAAUGACAAUUUACAGAAAUCGAAAAAGAGGAUAUGCUGUUGGAUCGGUUUUGAAAGGCGAUUCCAACAAUAUAAUUUUUACAGAUUUUCGUUCACAAACAAGAUUACAGGAGCAAAACUCUAUAUUGAAGAAAAUAUGAAGAAAAGCAGAGCAAUUCUUCGUAAGAUCAGAAAAAUCGCAGAUACAUUCAACCUUUUUCACGCCUCAGCUCUGAUGCCAACUGAUAGACCCCAAAUACUAAACAAUCAAAAAACCAUAGCAGUUAUGAAGAAGCAGAUAGAAGAUUAAGAGAUGAAAAACCGAAUCUGGUAUACUGUGUAAAUUGGCCGCUGCUCUCCCUGGAGAAGGAGAGUAGCGGCAAACCCUAAUCUCUCUAUCUCAUCUCUAUUCUCUCAAAGCCUCGAACAUUAGUUAGGGUUCCCGUAAGUUAGCCUCCUUUUAUAGGAGAAGUUGGCUAACUUACGGGUUACAAGGAAGCUAACGGGCUGAUACACAUUUGUGGCCCAUAUUACACGUUUAAUUAAAAACUACACAAAUACAAAGAUAUUUAAUUAGAUUGGACACCAUAAAAUAUUCCUAACAAAUGGAUUGGUAAAAUGCGGGAAAAGAACUCAUUAUUUUCUAUGGGAGAAG